AUGGUCUCCUUAGCUCGACAGCCGCGAUGGCUAAGGCCAUUCAUCGAAGAGCCAGGAGUUGAUGACGAUGUUCAGCCGAAGAAGCAGAGUCUACCCUAUGUGGCGAUUCUUCUCUUCAUCCUUACAAUUACCGGUUUUAUUUUACAGGCCAUUAUCAGAAUUCAAUCGCCUUCUGUUCUAUUAGGCAUUGCUGCUUUCUACCUCGUACUGGUCAGACCGCGCACAGCUUCAGUAUUCCUGCUCGUACUGUAUGCGACUUUGUUUGUCUUGCAGGUGUCGAUAUUGACAUCCUCUGAAUGGGGUUUCGAUGGAUUUGAUCUUAUCGUUGCUUUUCGAGUCAUCAACAUCUGUCUUUCGCUUAUCAGCAUUGCCGCUGUCGUAAAUUUGCCAUUGCGAGAUCCUUCAUUGGCACGCGAGGGUGUCAGUCAACCAUAUACUACACCCACAGCAGACCUCAGAUCUCCAGAGGAUGACCUUACACUGUGGCAAUGGAUGACUGUUUCGUGGAUGUCACCGCUCAUCUCCACUGGCAAGACAAGACAAUUGAAUGACGACGAUGUCUGGUCUCUUGGUUACGAGUUUCAACAUCGCCACUUACAUGAUGCUUUCCGAGAACUUCAUGGAACGGUCGUCCGACGCUUGCUUCGUGCGAACUGGCAUGAUCUAGCCAUACUUACAGUACUAGCGAUAUUGGAAUUGGCAGCCAAUUAUUCAGCGCCGAUACUGCUGCAGCAGCUUCUAAAGGCUAUGAACAAUUUGAGAUAUGAAAUACAGCCAGCCAUCACAUUCGCACUCCUCAUUCUCGUUGUGAGAUUGGUUGCCGCGCAGAGUUCGGUAUUCAGUCUAUGGUUUGGUAGACGUGCCUACGAACGGUCUAGAGGAGAGAUGAUCACGAUGCUGUUCGAGAAGACGCUCAACAGGAAGAUUGUCGCGACAAUCAAAGACGACGAAGAGAAAAUGGACAAUGAAGACAUGAACGAAGAGACGGACACUGAUAAUACACCUAAUGGUAACAGUGCGAGUGAAACGCAAGGACUUUUGAACGGCCACAACAGCAAAUCGAACGAAAAGCAGUCAUUUCUGUCUAAAGUGUUCAGGAAGACUUGGUCCGGCAUUCGCUUCAAGCGUGACAAGAAAUCCAAGCCCGCAAACGAAGACAACGCUCCCGCCUCGAUGGGCAAGAUUCUCAAUUUGAUGCGUGGCGAUGUCUACGAGGUCAGUCAAAGGUUUUGGGAAUUUCAGAGAUUGAUCAACAAACCUCUCGGCAUGGUACUUUCCUUGUGCUUGGUGUGGAACCUACUAGGUCCAUCUUGUUUACUCGGUGUCGCCGUUGUACUUCUCGCUCAGGUCUUGAAUACCAUUUUCGCUCGGAUUCUUAUCAAGAAAGAGCAGCUUCGUCGUAAAGCUACAGACACAAAGCUUCAGCAGGUGUCGUCAUACGUUGAGGCAAUUCGACAUCUCAGAUGGUAUGGCUGGCAUCCUGUCUGGCUCGAAAAGAUAUUGGAAGCUAGACAAGCGGAGCUUGACCUCAAGAUUGUGACUUUCUUGUGGAACCUAGCCAUCAGAUUUAUCAAUAUCUUGGGCAGUGGAUUGCUGCCAGUCGCCGCCUUCUAUGGUUUCACAGCUCUCGCUGGUCAUGAACUGCGGAUCGAUAUCGCGUUCCCUGCUCUACAGCUCUUCAACAUGCUACAAAGCGAUUUGAAAGAGAUACCAGACCUCAUCACAGUGCUCCUUAACGCAUCUGUUGCUGUCGGUCGUAUCGAGGCUUUCAUGCAAGAACCUAACAAGACUGCAGACGAUACCUCGGCCUCCAUAUCAGAUGGCAUUCUUGAAUUGAAGGAUGCUUCGUUUGCAUGGCCAGGACUGUCCAAGGAAGUCCUCCGCGAUAUCACACUUUCAUUCCCUCCUGGACUUAACGUAGUGUUCGGUCAGGUCGCAGCAGGAAAAAGUGCUUUGCUCCAGGCUCUUCUUGGAGAGCUCGACCUACAUCAUGGUGAAUUGAUCAAGCCAGAUGCACCAAUCGCUUACUGUGCCCAGACUCCCUGGUUGCAAAGCAUGAGUAUUCGUGACAACAUCUUGUUCUCAUCGCCUUAUGAUGACGUACGGUACAAGCAGACUCUCGAAGCGUGUGCUCUCACUGCAGAUCUCGCUAACUUCAAGCAUGGAGAUCUAUCGAACGUCGGAGAGAAUGGCAUUGGUCUAUCUGGAGGGCAAAAGGCUAGAGUCGCUCUGGCACGUGCAGUAUACAGCCGAGCCAAGAUUCUGCUUCUUGACGAUCCUUUGAGCGCACUCGACCAGCAGACUGCAGAGUCCAUAGUCGCCAAAUGCUUCGGAGGCGAACUCACUAGAGGCCGCAUCAUCGUCUUGGUCACUCAUCGUACAGAUCUGUGCAAGAGUAUGGCUGAACAACUUGUUGAGAUUACCGAAGGGACUGCACAGACAUACAGGGGUGAUUCGCUACAACUCAGUCCAACUACCUCCCGCACAGCUCAAACUCUUCAGGAUGCAAAAUUGGCUAAGGUCGACGAAGCGCAAGAAUCUGCUGCGGUGCCUGAUAAGUUCGAGGAAGAAGAACAUCGAGAACAUGGUGGAGUCAAGGCAGGAGUGUAUUGGCAGUACAUUAAAGCUGGACGCUUGAGAUGGUGGUCUCUUGUCGUUCUGUCUGCCAUCGUCUUCCGACUACUUAUGAUAGCCGAGUCAUGGCUGCUCAAGGAAUGGGGAGAAGCCUAUGGAGAGACCGAGCAGGUGUACAAUCUGCAAAUUGUCCAGGCCAAAUCUCACAUCAUGUCUUCGAGUCCCGUUUCUCGCUUUUUUGAACGCUUCCCGGAUCCUGGCGUGAAUGUCUAUCCAUGGCUCCUUGCAUUCCUUGUCUUGAUCAUUGCUGAGUGUGUGGGUUUCAUGAUCUCGCAAAUCUUCAUGCUUGUCAUCACCUACACUGCUGGCAAAGGAAUGUUCAAAGACAUUAUGACAAAGGUCAGCCAUACCACCUUCCACUACUACGAUGUAGUGCCCAUCGGGCGUCUAAUGAACAGGCUCACAUCUGAUGUGGGUACCAUCGAUGGCAACAUCUCGAAUCAAUUUCUGGUCGUAGCCUGGCAGGCAAUUGCUUGGGUGACAUCAAUAGCUGUGAUUGCAGGUGUCACACCGCUAUUCCUUGUCUUUUCUUUCGCACUAACUCUAGCGUUCAUCCUUAUCUUCAUGCAGUUCCUGCCCACCAGCCAAAGCUUGAGACGCCUUGAAAUGGUGUCUUUGAGCCCGCUCAUGUCGAACUUCGGUGCUCUCUUGAAUGGUCUGACGACCGUUCGAGCCUUCUGCGCUCAAUCACAAUUCCAGGAUGGCGUGAUCGCUGUAACAGAUGCCUUCCAAGGCAUGGAUCAUUUCUACUGGUCUCUGCAGGCAUGGUUGAUGUACAGGUUUGAUAUCUUGUCGGCAGUCUCGACCUUCAUCAUGACUUUGCUGGCCAUCAACUCUGGUCUAUCACCAGGAUUGACGGCCUUUGUCUUAGCAUCUGCCAGCAGAUUUGUGGUCGCAACUCAUGCAUUGUGCAAACAAUAUGGUCAGUUACAGUUGAACUUUGUCUCUGUGGAGCGUGUGGUUGAGCUGCUUCACCUCGAGCAAGAAGAUGCUGGCGAGAUCGAGCCACCUGCGUAUUGGCCCUCAUACAGCGAUGACAUCGUCUUCGAGGAUGUCACCAUCAGAUACGCUCCACACCUCGACCCUGCACUGUCAGACGUAUCCUUCACCCUUAAAGGAGGCUCAAACACUGCAGUCAUCGGCCGAACCGGUUCUGGCAAAAGCACACUCGCAUUGUCACUCCUCGCAACCAUGACACCAGAGUCAGGCCGGAUCCUCAUUGGCGGCAUUGAUAUUGCAAAAGUCGACAAGCAAGCUCUGCGCAACCGUAUCACGUUCCUCGCUCAAGAUCCUGUACUAUUCCCAGGUUCCUUACGGCACAAUCUCGAUCCUACAGAACAGCACACAGAUGGAGAGUGCGAGGCUGUGAUCGCCCGUGUUUGUGGCAACUACAACUGGACCCUGCAGACGCAAAUCGACACUGGCGGUAAGAACCUCAGUCAAGGGCAGCGACAACUUGUCGGCUUAGCGCGUGCGGUGCUCAGAAGAAGUGCAAUUGUGAUUAUGGACGAGGCAACGGCGAGUAUAGACAAAGACACUGCUUGGGAGAUCCAAAGGGUGUUGAGAGAGGAGAUGGAGCAGAGUACUGUUGUCACUAUUGCACAUCGACCUUCUGCCGUAAGAGGAGCAAAUUACUGUCUUGCUUUGGGCAAUGGCAGGAUCAUUGAGAAGGGGACGCCCGAGGAGGUUGAUGUGGCGAGUAGUACUGUGCCGGAUGCCAUUUGA